AUGCUCACCCCUAAGGGCAUCGUGGUCUUCUCCGGUGGCAGCGCUGCCAACUCCCUCGUCGACGUCUUCGAAGCCGUUCGCGAGAGCAAAGACUGCCCUUUAUCCUACAUCAUCCCCAUAAGUGAUAACGGCGGCUCUUCUUCUGAAUUGAUACGUGUCUUUGGCGGACCAGGGAUCGGUGACGUACGAAGUCGACUGGUCCGGUUGAUUCCCACCGAUCCGCCCUCGACGGAGAGGUCGGCCAUUUCCAACCUGUUCAAUCACCGCUUGUCGUCGUCUUCCUCGACGGACGCUGCGAGUCAAUGGCAGAGCAUAGUCUGGGGCACGUCCGAGCUCUGGAACGGCAUCCCCUCGGCCAAAAAGGAGCUGAUCCGGUCGUUUCUCAACCUGCUGAACCUGGAGAUCCUGAAGCGCGCGAGACCUUCUUCGACUUUCGACUUCACGUCGGCCAGCGUCGGCAACCUUUUUUUGACCGGUGCACGGCUCUUCAGUGGUAGUUUCGAGUCGGCGAUUUACUUGUUGAGCAGCCUGUGCGCCAUCCCCGACGGAGAGGUGCGCGUUAUCCCCAGCAUCAAUUCCAACUUCUCCCACCACAUCGCGGCCGGGCUGGCGAAUGGCGAGACCAUAGUAGGACAGAACAACAUUUCGCAUCCUGCGGCCAAGACCGCCUUGGAGAUGCCGACAGUGUCGCCUACAAACACGCCACCGGACGUCCGUGCUCGCCAUCAUGUCGAGCACUCUGAGGAGAUCGAGGACGCUCACUUGCCAGGGACGCUCCCGACGCUGCGGCAGCGAAAUAUUAAAUUCAGCAAAGAUCUUGACCAAGACCUCCCGGCCCGUAUCGAGCGAAUUUGGUACAUCAAUCCCUACGGACAAGAAAUGCUGCCACCUGCAAACCCACGAGUGCUCUCCGCGAUCAAGCAAUCCCAAGCUGUCAUAUACUCUAUCGGCUCCCUGUUCACCUCAAUCAUUCCUUCCAUUGUCCUCAAAGGAGUCGGCGAAGCUCUAAGCUCGACGCCCGCCCGUCAUAAGAUUCUCAUUCUGAACGGCUCCUUGGAUCGCGAGACAGGUCCGAGUUCAAAUCCCUUUUCAGCCUUUGACUUCGUGGAAGCCAUCGCCCGUGCUUGCGAACAGUCACAGGGACGUCUAUGGAGACCUAAGCUUCAUACCUCGCGGUCAGACGACACAUUGAAAACGUCAGCACCAUCAACUCCUGCAGCUAGUCGACACGGCGAAUUUCUUUUUCCAGGCACAAACCACCAUCCACGUGAAGCUGCUCGGGAUUCGGUUUACCGUAAAUAUGUGACCCAUGUCAUUCACCUGACCGGUGAAGGAACUCCACGUGUCGACCGGAAUCAUCUUGCUUCUCUUGGGAUUGAUUGUUUGAAGCUGUACGGUCGCAAGAGCUCAAAAGGCGACAUGUACUACGAUCCGCAAGCCCUGGUUGGCGCCAUCGAAGCAAUCCUUGGCAAAAAAGGAGAUGCCAUGGCUGUGAGCAGAAGCCGGAGAAACACCGUCGAUGCAAACGCCCUGUCUCAACUGCAGGAAGCAAGGACAAAUGCUCGAAUGGAGGCCCUCAAGUCUCCGUGA